UCAGGACUAGGUUUUUGCGUAUUUAGUAUGUUCGGACAAUUUCGCUACUUUACGUAUCUGCGUAACAAUCCGAUAUUUGUCGAAGUUUUGUUUCAAGAUGGCGGGCUUUGGGCCAAAGGAAAAGGGACAUUUCCCGCUUCAAAGUAUACAGGCUGUUGUCGCUUUGUUCAAAGAGCAGUUGGGAAAAUCAGACGAACCUGAUCUUGCUUUAUUAUCAAUUGUGUUAGGAUGUAUUGAAAAUACGCUGACAUUGAACCGAUCAUUCACUUCGAAUGAAGAUCAGUCAAAAAUUCUUGAACCGAUAUUUCCUGUUGUGGAGUUAUCAACUGUUGAGGCGCUGUACGCAAAAUUCACAACACUUGUUAAGGGUUCAACUGAUAUGUCUCAUUUUACAGAAGAGACUACAACACGAGAAUUAGUGAAAAAGGUUUCUGACGUGAUAUGGAGUUCUCUAACGAGAAGUUACUACAAAGAUCGAGCCCAUCUUCAAUCGCUGUACAGUUUCCUAACGGGAAACAAACUGGACUGUUUCGGUGUGGCAUUUGCUGUUGUUGCUGCUUGCCAGGUGUUGAAAAUAAAUGACGUCCAUCUUGCACUGUCAGAGGACCAUGCGUGGGUCGUCUUUGGUAAAGAUGGUUCUCAAACAGCGGAGGUUACGUGGCAUGGAAAAGGGAAUGAAGAUAAACGUGGUCAGCCAAUCAACAUGGGUGUUGCUGAGAAGAGCUGGCUCUACCUGAAUGGUCAGCCAGUUGUGUGUUCCCGGCAGAUCGAAGUGGCGGCCAUGGUGUCAGCCAUUAAUCCUACAAUCAGCGCUACUAUGGACAGUGUGGAAAUGGGAUCUCUACAGCAGGAGUUACUUUGGUUGCUGUAUGACAUGGGCAACUUGACACGGUACCCAAUGGCUCUUGGUAACCUUGGUGAUCUGGAGGAAAUCAGUAAAACUCCAAAUCGACCACAACCAAUAGAACUGUUCCGCGAAUCUAUCAAAGCCACUGAGAAAUACUACAAUUGUCAGCACGUCUACCCAUUUACAUAUCUUGGCGGAUACUUGUCUCGGAAGCGACAGUACAAAGGAGCGAUCAAGGCUUGGGCAGAUGCCACUGCGGUUGUCAAAAAAUACAACUAUAACCGAGAAGAUGAAGAAAUUUACAAGGAGUUUCUUGACAUUGCUAAUGAGCAGAUUCCAAAAAUUGUGCGUGAUGUUAGUAACGAGUGUCGGAAAAUGGACACAACCGAACUGCCACUACUACUUGACCCCGGGGUUUAUGCGGACAUUCUGCGCUUCUAUGAUGGGAUUUGUGAGUGGGAGGAAGGCAGUUCAACACCUGUGCUCCACGUCGGUUGGGCCGUGAAGCUCGUGUUCUCAUUGUCCAAGUUCGAUCCACGCGUUCGGUCGUUCUUGGAUGUUCAUGUUGAAGGUGCUGAUGAAAACGAUAGUGACGUAAAUUCCGAAAAUGGCGACGAUCUCAACGGGAAGGAAUCUGCUCAGAGCGGCACACCAUCGCGGAGAGGUCGUAAAAAAUCUAAGGUGGUGGAAAAUAUAGUUAAUGACUUAAAGGAUAACACAUCUUUGAAGACCAAAGUUGAAAACGGAACGUGUAAAGAUUUUUGUGUGAAUGGCAAGUCGCCAUCGGAGGAGGAGCACAUUAAAUCUACCAUUCAGGACUUGGUGUCGAAAGUUGGCGGAGAUGCCAAAAACGACAGUCCGAACCCAAACAUAGCUGCACUGACCGAGGCAUGCGGUGUGUCCAUACUGAACAAAGACUACUUACUUGGUGUUGGGGAACCAUUUACGACAGCACCAACAACAACAACUACAUCUACAGUGACUACAUCAACUGCGACACCCGAGCCUCGGGUUGACCUGAACGAGUUUUUAAGUUCGCAGUCGAACGGGACGGCGUUUAUGGGAUUGACCGUAGAAACAAUGCUCAAGGCCGAGAGCCCUGCAGACAUGAUGUUGUGUCGGAAGGAGACGGAGACGCGUCAGGCCCCAGACGACGACCCCGACCCCGCGGAACACCUGUUUCUCAACUGCAACCCGGUCGCUCUCAAGCUGCACAGUGCUAAGAUGAAGGGACUGAAGAAACUGUUGACGUCAUCCAAGUUGAAUUCUAGUGCAAUCAAACUGCAGCUUACGGCACAGUCCCAAGUCCACGUCAAACACGGGGGUGGAAAGAGAGUGAGCGACGUAGAGACGUCGGGAGGAAUGCGAAAGCGAUCCCGCAGAGAAUGAAAUACAGAUUUUUGUUGAUUUUUUGAAAUAUGUUUUGCAUCAUGUCAGGUUUUAACAAUUAUAUGAUAUUCAUUUUGUGUGUGCUUUUAUGAUUGUUUUUCCAUUCAUUAUAUUUGUGCUAUUCAUAUUGUCUGUGCUAUUUGUCACAUCAUAUUUUAAUAUAGUGUUUAUAUAUUGUACCACUUGUGAUUUCAGACUGUGAAAUUUAGAAGGCAAAAAAUUAAAUUUUAUUUUGUCCGAAAAUUAAAAGUAAUUGUGGAACAUUUGUCAAAUGAGUACAUUGUGGAUCUAUACUGUUAAACUGCAAUAACAUGGGAACAUAUUAACAAGAAAAGAAAACUUUACAGGAAAGCUUUAAAAAAAAUGGUAUCACUUCAAAAGUGUAUUUUUGUGGCUAUAUUUGGCAACACAUAAUUACAACUUGCUAAAUGACUAAUUAAAAAAUUACCAAAUGUUUGACAUCCAGUAGCUGAUGAUAAAUAAAUGAAUGUGCACUGCUUGUAUCAUUAAAGAAAACAAACUUUAACUUUAAAUAGUUAAUAUUUUUUUCUGGCCUAUCAAUAAGUUUAGCAUCCAAGCGCCUUCUGAGAGAAUUACAGUACAGUAAGCUUUUGCUAAAGUAAGGAACGGGUAGAAAAUUAUUUGUAAAUACAAACUUUUGUCAUGUUGGUUUUAUGUUAAUCAAGACUGAAAUUUUUUGGUGAUAAUAUGCUGGCCAUGACACAAAUGAAUUGCACUAUAUUGUUUUUGGUUAAUAUGUGAUGUGGUUAUAAAAAUUGUCUUUCAUUUCUGUUAGUAACUGUCAUUUUUAUUUUUAUGUGUUAUGUGUUAUGGUAUGAAUGAAAAACAUAUACAUAUGAAUGAAUGAAAUGUAAUUGUUUUAAGUUUUGCUUAUUAAUGGAAAAGAUGUAAAAAGAUAAAACAUUUUUUGGGGGGGCUUUUAAAAAGCUAAGAUGAAAUUUAGAUUAUAAGCACAAUUUAGGAUGUUAUGUUUUUUCUUUUAUAAGUAUACUGGGAUACACAUACUUGUGUUAGCAGUGGGUUUCUUUUCCGAUUUGUCCAGAUAAAAUGUUGCAGUUAAAAUAUGCCAGACUUUCUAACAGCCUCUGCUUAAAUAUUUCGCUUCAGUGUUACGCAAUUAUUCUUUUCUUGUUAAGGAGGGACAUUUAAAAUAAUUUUAAAAUGUCGCCUCCACUUAUAACAUUUACCGGUACUAACCUUCACAGUAAGACACUGUGAGAGCAUAGUUUCCACAGUCUAACUGUCUUUUAGUUUUACUAAGGGCCAAUCAACAAUUACUGAACGCAAAAUUCAGUAUUUUGAAUAUCCUCUCUUCCCCCAUGUAAUGUUUUGUAGCAUUAAGGCCACUCACACCUCUAAACUUAUGUAAUGCUUGUCAAUACCCCCCCCCCCCAUUCUUGUGUGAUAACUAGUGAGGACUAGAAUAAAAAUUAGAAAAUAGUUUUGAAAAUGUUACAUAGCUUUUGAUAAACACCCCUUGCCUCCCCCAUAACAUUUUGUAACUUAUCUCAUGCCCCCACCCCCCACCCUGAGUUAUGUAAUUGUUGAAUGGCCCAUAAUGCUAAAUAAAUAUAACAAAUAUUUUAAUAAACUAGCAUGUUUUUACUUUUAGAUGAUUAUUAAAGAUAUUGUCAACUGCUUAGGCAAGUCACAUUCUACUUUCAAUUCUAAACUGCCUACUUGUAUUAUUUGUAAUUGAUGUGGAUGUUACAUAUAUUAAAGGCACUAUUCUGAGUAUGCUACCAUUUUAUCAGAACUAAAAUUACAUAUUAAAGAUAUUUUCUUGUUCAGAAUAUCGGUGUCUGUA